UAUCCAAUCUAUCUUCAAUCCGAAUAAUCAAUCACCUAACAUCACUCAUCCACUAAAUCAACCCCAAAUAACAAACCCCCCAACUGAACCAACCAACCAACCAAUAAAAACAUAAAAGAAGAAAAAAUGCCCACCCAACCAUCAUCCAACCCCAAACCAAGAGUGAACAUGGAUCCCCAUCACCGCCAACCACAACAGACGUCCAUCCCACCGCGUGGACGUCCAGCAGGAGCAAGAGCAGGAGCAAUUAAAGAUAUUCGUCAAACGAAAGAAUACAAAGUCGCCGCGAGACGAUGGAUAUCAGUAAUGGUGGGAUUGCCGAUACUGAUGUAUACGUCGUGGAGUUUGUAUGAGAGGACGUAUGGGGAUAAGAGGCCGAAGAGGUUGGUGGAGAGGUCGUCUUCUGCUUCGGCUACUCCUUCGACUUUGACUUCGGGUUCUGGGAAGGUGGAGGGGGAGGGGGAGAAGUAAGUAGUAGGGGUGAGUAGUGGGAUGGGUUGAGUGUAUUGGAUAUUGUAUUUAUAUGAGGUAUGGAGACUGCGGUUGUUAUUGCAUUGGUGGGGUUUGUAUAAUAUUGUUUGUUUUUGAUAUUGUCAUGGGGGUAUAAUGCUAUGCGUUGAGUGUGGAUAGUUAAUAUGGGUGAUACUCAGUUGUGGAAUGAGGGAUAGAGGGGAAUUGGGUUUGAUUGUAGUAGGUUUAAUUGUAUGGUUGAGGGUACU